UUAUCAUCUUCUGAAGAGAUCUUUUCUCCGACCGAUCUCAAAACUUGUUUCUGUUCACCUCGAAGAAUCUCUGUAGUACAGACUCUCUGUACUAACCUUUUUCUUUGAUGCUUUCGAAUCUCUUGUGACCUUCAAAAUUGAACACUUUUGUCACUUUGAUUUCGUCUAGUUUCACCCAAUUUCAACAAUUCUCGGACUUGAAUUAGUCUUAAUCUCAAUUCUUCUUAGAGAAAGUUUGGUCCUUUGCGUGCUUGUAAUCAGCAUUUGUCUGUUUCCGGGUUCUAAAUCUCUUGACACUAACAAUGCUUGAGCGCAAGAAAGGGAAACAUAAUCUUAUGCCCUGUUGAUGCGAGAGAGUAAUCACAAUCUAUUGCUCGGUUAAAGAGAGAAAAAAUAGAUGAAGAAAUCGAAACUAUAACCGAGCCUCUUUGUUGUGCACAAGAUGCUCUUAUUAAAGUCCAUGAUGCAAUUGUAGCUAGUGCUGGAGAGAACACUAAGAAUAAUAUAAGUACCGUCUAGUCAAUGUUAGUGUGAUUGGUAAGGCUGGUUCCAACAUUAAGACUUAAGAGGAUUAGAAGUAGAACUCGAGCUAGUGUUAAGGUUGUUUCUAAAGAUGUUUCGGAUCCUUAACAUGCUUGUGGUAUGGAGUAUGACAAUAUUGUUGUGUUAGUAUCUCAAAUUUUCGCACUUUAUUACGUCUUUGUAGCUACUUUUAUUGAUGUUUUCAGUCUAUUCUCUAUCAUAUAGAUAUCUGGUGAGUCUGAAUCCGUGAAGAAAGCACUUUUCGCUGUUUCUGCAAUCAUGUACAAGAUCAAUCCUCGUGAAAAGAUUCCUCUAGAUUCAACCAGCCAAGAUGUUACAGCUAGUAGUGUAGUUUCAUCAGAUUUUUCUAAUUCUGUUUACUCAAAUCAGGAUCAUAUUCUUCAGCACAAAGCGGGUGUUCCGUCAUAUUUCAAUGCACUACAUGUAUCUGACUUUCAAGGUUAUGCAGUGACCGCUACAUCUCUCCCUGUUGUGACUCAUGGUUUUGGCGGGUUUUCCACAACACAAGAGUUGGUUUUGAAAGUGUUGUGCCCUUUGUCCAAUAUUACUCGUGUAAUCGGGAAAGGAGGAUCAACCAUUGAAAGAAUAAGUAAAGCAAGUGGUUCUCGUAUUGAGGUUAAUGACUCAAGAACAAACUGUGGUGAUGAUGAGUGUGUUAUCAUCGUCACUGCUACAGAGUCUCAUGAUGAUAUGAAGUCUAUGGCUGUUGAAGCGGUUCUUCUUCUGCAAGAGAGUAUCAAUGACGAUGAUGAUGCAGAAAUAGUUAAGAUGCAACUUCUUGUUCCUUCUAAGGUUAUUGGAUGGGUUAUAGGGAAAUGUGGCUCGGUCAUUAACGAAAUAAGGAAAAGGACCAAUGCUAAUAUCCAUAUCUCGAAAGGGAAUAAGGAUGACCGCGUUGAGGUAUUGGGUGAAGUCAGAAGUGUGAGAGAUGCUCUCAUUCAGAUUGUUCUAAGACUUCGAGAAGAUGUUUUAGGAGAUAGAGAUACUCAAUUACUCAUGACUUAGUUUCUAAUUAACAGGCAGAAGAUAACGGUUUAGGAUCACUUGGUCCAUACUCAUUUGGAUGAUUGUCUUCAUCUUCUGUUCUUGAGAUUCUAAUCCCGGCGAAUGCAAUGAGUAAAGUUAUAGGCAAAAGAGGAUGCAAUUUGGAAAACAUAAGAAGGAUAUCAGGAGCGUUGAUAGAAAUUUCUGAUUCUAAAACUUCACAUGGUGAUCACAUUGCUCUCCUAACAGGCACACUUGAACAGAUGCGUACGUAGUGCAGAGAGAACUGUUCUGAGCUUUUAUUAUGUCCACUUGAAAAAAAAUUAUAGUUUUAGGAUAUCAUUGGACCGAGAUGAAAAUAUUUUGCUUUUUGCUUAUUCUCAAUAUAUUAACGUAAUCAAAUAUGUAUAUGUUUGUGUUGAGCACAUGUACAUAUAUAGAC